CCGGCUGCCUACCGCGCGCCGGAGUCCAGGCCGGCGCAGCCACGCGCGCCCGGAAAGCUGGGUGCCGGCGACCAGACGCUGGGGACUCUUGGCAGGAUCCCAUUUCGGUCGCUCCCCCGUUCCUUCUACCUCCCUUCUAAGCCAAACCCCGGGUCGCCGAGGGGAUUCUUUUACCACCCCUCCUUUCUCGACCCCCGCGGCGCGCGCGUACGGGGAUAGGCUGGCCUUUCUCCCUCUUCCCGCCCCUUUUUGCUUCUCCACCAAUCACUGCGAAGGGGUAUGUCUUGAUUUGUUUGGGUCUGCUUUUUUUUUUUUUUUUAUUGCUACCCCCCAGGAGGGAGAACCCGAGCCGGCUUCUACAGUGGGGCCUGCGCGCCUUCAGCACUCCGUCCUUUCUAGCUUUCUGCUCUGGGAAGAUCCUCCAGAGCAAGGUGGUCCCAGCAGCUCUUUCGCUCGCUUUCAUAUGCACGCACCGUAGCUGCCGAAAGUCGCCUUGAGGAAGGACGAGGUCGGAGAAAGAAUCACUUUAUAACCACAGAACGUCAGCGUGGAGCUAAGGACGAUUUGUUUACGGCUUAACUCAGCAGGAGCGAAGGCCGAGCUUCCACUUCUCCAAGCCCUAUUUUCUAUUUAUUGGGCGGCUCGAAGCGCCCAGUCUCCGCUCCCAUUGGAUGAUCAGGUCCGCCGGGAUUUAUUUUUUGCUCUGAUUGGGCGGCUCAGUCGGAGACGGUUUACACAUUGGUUCGCGCGGGGCGCGGGCCAGAGGAGGCGGGCCUGGUGGCUUUUUCCUUUCGGCGGGCGGGCACGGGCAUGGAGCCAUGAGGUGAUUGGAUAGUGGGGAGCGCGCGCGCGCCGGGGGCUCUGUAGUCAGGCCCUACCCCGGAGGGGGCAGGCGGCAUCGAGGUUGGUCCCUGCGGAAGGCUCGGGUGCCGGCCACUGCCUGGACCAGGUCCCCGAAGUCCUGGUUCUGCUCCUCCUGACAGCGGCGGCCGCCGCAGCAUCAGCACCAACCGGCAAGCAGUAUCUCUAGCAGCGGCAGCAGCAACAUCGGCAUUGCUCCUCCCGCCCCCGAGCCAUGGAGAAGAGGCUGCUCGAGGCGCAACAGUAUAAGGAGGAGGGGAAUCAGCGCUACCGGGAAGGGCGCUAUCGCGACGCCGUGAGCCGCUACCACCGGGCGCUGCUUCAGCUUCGGGGCCUUGAUCCAAGCCUGCCUGCCCCAUUGCCGCCCUUGGGAGCCCGAGGCCCAGUCCUCACCGCGGAGCAGCAGAAGACGCUGGAGAGCACACAGACAGACUGCUACAACAACCUAGCUGCCUGUCUCCUUCAAAUGGAGCCAGUAAACUAUGAACGAGUGAGAGAAUACAGUCAGAAGGUUUUAGAGCGACAGCCUUCCAAUGCCAAGGCCCUAUACCGGGCAGGAGUGGCCUCUUUCCACCUGCAGGACUACGACCAGGCCCGACGAUAUCUUCAGGCUGCCACUGACCAUCAGCCAAAAGAUGCCAAUGUCCGACGAUACCUACAGCGGACGGAAUCGGAACUAAGCAGCUACCACCAAAAGGAAAAACAACUUUAUUUGGGAAUGUUUGGUUAGCCACAGAGACUUUUUUUAACCCUCUUUGUUAUAGGGUGAGCCCUUUGAUUUCUCCUGCCCUUACCACCUGGAACUGGAAGCAAGGGCUUCCGAGCAGAGGAAAUGAGCCUGUUGACCUAACUGGACUGGUACUGGGCUUCCAUCCCUGCACAAAUUCCUCUUAACACAGUUCCUGUUUUCUUCUUCCUGGCCAUCUCUUUGUGUUUUUAUCUCCAGCGUCAUCACUGUAGCUUUGGGGAGGUUUAUCAGAUGAAACACCAGAACCAGCCCUCUAGAUAGAAGGUAGAAUUAAUGAUCUUGGGAUGGAUGGAGGAGAUCCAUUGGCCUGAGGGCAAAUGAUGAGGCUGGCAGGAAAUGUUGUUGGAAACAGAAGUCUUCUACUCUUGUUCCUUAGAGAUCUAAAAAUCAAUGGAACCCUGUUGGACAACUGGAGAUUUUUUUACAUUGGUGUUUGGAUGGCAUUGAAGUCUGGUAGGCUAGGAAAGCCCUUUCUGUGCAGGCCACAUUUUUCCUUUUUUUUUCAUGUUCAUUAAAAUCACAGAUUAGGCCAACUUAACAUACAAUUAGAAUAAUCAUUUCUCCGUUUGGGAUAUUAAACUGACUCUACUCAUGCUUCUCAGACUGAGUUCCCAUGAUGCCACAGGACUCAUGAUUGUUUAUCCCAACAAUAGUCGAGUCCUGCUUUUUUCCUUAUCACCCCAGUUUUUGCUGCUUCUUUCCACAUAAUUAGCAUGUAUUUCUGAAGUAUAAAUAAGCCUCAAAAAUGAACCACAUUAAUUUGACUACAAUAAUGGAGUCAAUGCUGGCCUUUGUAGAAAAUGUGUGAAAGCAGUAUCAGUUCAUCCCCACUAUACGAAGAGUAUUGAAAACCUAAUUCUCUUUCUGCCUGACUGUCCCUAGAUUUUUCAAAGACCUCCGUCCCUCUAAAGUACCCAAGUAAUGCCAGAAAAAGAGAGGACAAGAAUUCCCCAUCCGUGUGGCCUUUUCAGACGCAUCAGGGAUGCAUAUAUUUGGCUGAGGAUAUCCUGGAGAAGGGUCUGAUCUGUCCAUGUAAUUCAUUGUCUGGCACGGGCUUCUUUAAUCAAGGGUUCAUGAGCCUUUUUUUUUUUUUAAAUAACUGUUUCAAUACAAUUUGCUUCCUUUGUA